AUGAUAUCGGACGACAAAUUGGAAUGUACUGAGGAAAAUUCAAAACCCGAAUGCUUAGAUUCACACAAUUUUGAUGACCCUUCUUUACCGUUAUCAUUGGAUGACGGUGAAAAGUUAAAGCCUUCAGAUGCAUUAAAGUUCGAGAGUGGGACAGAUGAAUCAUCAUCUUUCACUGAACUAAUUGAAUCCUUGAGGACAAAAUGUAAAACUUAUGAAGUAAGUGUACGCAUAAUUUCAUUUUGUGAUACUGAGAAUGAUUUGUUUCUCGUUUAA